CUCCCCUCAAUGUGCAAUUUUCUCUAAUUUUAUUUCUCUAGGAACAUUUUCCUAGUGUUUCUGGUGUCUGUGCCUCUAUAAGACAUGCUCUAGAGACAUACUUCAGAGGCUCCUAAGACCCUGAAGAUUCAGAGCAGUAGGGAGGCGAUCACCAGCCAAGCCCUGCUUUGUUCACCAGAUUCCAUUUGGGCUGUGUAGGGAAGAAGUAGCAACACUUUGCCGGCAUGCUCAAUGAAGUCCAUGGAAGAGUAGGAGAUUUCUAGAAGUUGUAAAAAUCCUUAGAGACUUGGGACAACUUAGCGUAGCUUAAACUUUAGGAAACCAUCUUUUAUUAGGUGGUCUCAAGCACGAUAUCUGUGCUGCAAGACCUUUCUUUCUGUCUCUGUUUUCAGGUUAUUUGUGGGACUCAUACCCUCUUGCUGAAUUGGACCAGCAGCCCUGGGGAUGAUGAGAGGCCCCCACUACUUCUCAGUUACAAGGCAUGGCGGAAACCUGUAGCCUUUUGAGUCCCCUAAGGGAAGGUCAGGUGACACUUAGCUAGAUAAAUGUUUGCUAGAGUUAUCUCUUAAAGCAAAGGUAUUUUUCCACCAAAGGGUAGUUUUCUUUUUAUUUAACUUACACUAUAUCUUAAGCAGUAUCUCCCUUCAGGUUAGUAAGACGGACAUGCCCACAGUUAACUGUGUACCUGUCUUUAAAGAAAUAAGAUGUCUGCCAGUUACACUGCUAUGACCUCAGGUUCCAGAAUAUCAAGGCAACAUUCUUUAGAUGUUUCAUUUUGGAUUGAACCUAAGUUUAGAAUCAGUCAGCUUAUUGUUGAAGGGAAAAGGAUAUCCCCAGUGACAAGAAAAUACCUAUUAACUAUGAAUUGGUUUGGAAAUUACUUCUCUGAGUUUCCUGAGGAUAUUUCCUUCCUCAACACACACUCACCUCUGUUGCUUUCACUCAUAUCAUCUGAAGAUGCACAACAUUUUAUUUCCAGCUUGAGGAGCCAUGCACCAGCCCAGGCUGUGGUGAAGCAGCCUGUCCGGGGAGCCAGUGGCAGGACCACAGUCACAACGAUUGUCCAGACUGGUGGGGACUGGAGCACCGGCCUCUUCAGUGUCUGCAGAGAUAGGAGAAUUUGUUUCUGUGGUCUCAUUUGUCCCAUGUGUCUUGAGUGUGACAUCGCCAGGCAUUAUGGAGAGUGUUUUUGUUGGCCAUUGUUACCUGGGUCCACCUUUGCACUAAGAAUUGGCACCAGAGAGAGACAUAGAAUACGGGGCACGCUGUGCGAGGACUGGCUGGCAGUGCACUGCUGCUGGCCUUUUUCCAUCUGCCAAGUGGCCCGGGAGCUCAAGUUGAGGACCUCCCAACUGUACGAAAUCUAUGCGGCCCCUUCGACUAAGGAAAAUCUUAUCUGACAGAGCAAGAAAUCUCCUCCUCACUUUCCUGCACCCUACUCUCAAAUCCCUCUUAGUAGAGAGAUUGUUCUUAAGGUUUCACUGAAAUAGUAUGAAAAUAAAUGAUUUCCCACUA